AUGGAGUGGCAACUGGCCAAGCCCCAACGCAGUUACUGCAAUCACCAACUCACCACAAUGUCCAAGGUUUCGAAGAGGGGGAAUAGCAAGGAUAGAGAAAUAAAAGAGGCGGUCAAGGCACUCUCAGCCGCGGCGAAAUCAUUAGCACUUGCUUCAGACGCCCUUUCACGCCUAUACGAUACGGAUGAAGAGGACACCUCCACCACUGAAACUGAUCGCAACUCAGUCGGACAAGCGGUACCUACAUCAUCUCUUGAGCCUCAUGUCUCUAUUGCUGGUUAUGAAGAUAGCGAUGACGAAUAUAUGUCAUUGGCGCGUGAAGCCAUCUCAUCUGCCGCCACAGCUAUGGGCAAGGCGCCAGAAGCGCCAUCUUCUAUCGGAGAAAACAAAAAUGCAUGGUCAGAAAUGCAAAAUAACCUAGGCUCCUUUGAGGCUAGCAAAGGCGACACAGAGUCUGAAGCCGGACGAAUGGCCAAUGAAGCACUUUUCUCUGAUGAUAAGUUCCCCCCAGGGCCAAAAUAUAGCGAUUCAUCCGUGUCAAGCUCUCAGCUAUUUUUCAAUAACUCAGGCGUGGAUAACUUGACGAUAUCGAAUCUCGAUAGGGCCCCCAUGCCACCGAAAUCUUGGGCACAUCUGCUCAGACCGAAGUCUAUAUACUCUGGAAUAUCAGAAGCGAGCACAUCCAUAACACAGCAAGUCGGCUCUUCAUUAAGUAUUUACACCAUAGCUAGUGAUGAUCCCAAAUCAUGCACGGAGGUCCUGUUUCCUAAUCUCAAGCGUCGUUGGGUGACCCCGACAGGACUACAACACAAGGCGUUACAGCCACUACGCGCCGGCUCGGACAUCCUUUUGUUACAUUCCAAUUCGAAAUCUCAUGUAUCUGCCAUCUUAGCGCAUUGCAUACAAUCAAUGAAGAGGGACAGGUCUUCCUCCAGUUCUAUAGGCGUCAUUUCAGUGCUUAUAAUUGUACCUCAACAAACUACCGGCCGAUUGUUCCUUCAGCACGCAAACGAAUUGUUAAGUGACUUCAGUCUUCCCCACAAAGCUAUGCUACUCCCAGGCGGUGGUAGCGAUGUGGCUACAGAGGCCGAAAGGAUGUCUACCGAGAGAAUCGAUAUCCUUAUAAGCUCACCUCGAGUAUUCAUCAACCACGUAAACAGUAACUCAAAUCUUCCAAACCACCUCUCUAGAAUACGAUUUGUCAUUUAUGCUGGAGCUCAUGAACUCACGAAGAGUGACGUAUUUCUGGGAUUUCAGUUCAACCUGAUCAAGAAACGUAUGCAAACUAGGGCCAAGUCGCCUAGGCAAAUUAUCAUUGUGUCUUCAUACAUAAAUGAGCAUGUUCAAACUCUUGCAAGCCGUGGUUUGCACCCUGGAUACGUGAGCAUCCAUGGAACCGACUCCGACGACGAUCUUCAAUCGGAUACUACCCUCACUGACGCAGGUCCCUCGCGCCUCACACCCAGCAUGAGCGACCCUAAUGCUUCACCGCCAUCAUACCCAGACACUGAAAAAUCGAGUGGUCAUGAUGUCGAGAAGAAUGUAGGCGAUGGUGUUCAGACAUCCGCAGUCGUGGUCGGUGGGCUUGACCCAAAUUCGGCCGAAGGUGCAGUACAGCGCCGACUCAAGGCUCGCCACUUGGCCAUGAUUGCUCUCGGUGGUACCAUUGGAACAGGUUUAUUUGUUGGUUCUGGAGGUGCGCUCGCCAAUGGCGGCCCUGUUGGUACUUUACUUGGAUACAUUAUUAUGGGUUUUGUCGUGUACUGUAUGAUGAUUGCUCUUGGAGAAAUGGCGACUCUAUUUCCCGUUGCUGGGGGCUUCACACACUAUGCCACACGCUUUAUCGAUCCAGCGGUAGGAUUUGCGCUCGGUUACAAUUAUUGGUAUUCGUACGCGAUUACUCUUCCCACGGAGCUCACAGCGUCUGCCAUCGUCAUUCAAUACUGGAACACAACGAUUAAUGUCUCCGUCUGGAUUACAAUACUUUACGUUCUCAUCCUCAUUAUCAACUUUAUGGGCGUUCGCUGGUACGGCGAGUUCGAAUUCUGGUUUUCAGCCAUCAAGAUCACCACAAUCGUUGGUCUCAUUAUUCUUGGCAUUUGUCUUGACUGCGGCGCCGGUCCAGCAAGCACGGGGUACAUCGGAUUCAGAUACUGGAAGGAUCCGGGUCCCUUCAACCAAAUCACUAUCAAUAAUGGGGAAGGUGUUAUUCCUGGAUCAUGGGGGCGUUUCUUGGCGUUCUGGAAUGUCUUCGUGCAAGCUGCAUUCUCUUUCCUCGGUACGGAAAUUAUCGCGGUCACCGUUGGAGAGGCAGAGAAUCCACGCCGCAAUGUGCCUAAAGCGAUUCGUCGCGUGUUCUGGCGAAUUCUACUCUUCUAUGUGUUGGGUAUCUUCAUCAUCGGCCUACUUGUCCCCUAUAACUCGGAUGAGUUACUAAACAACUCGGGCUCCGAUGCGAGUGCAAGUCCGUUUGUCAUUGCGAUCAAGACCGCAGGAAUCAAAGGCUUGCCGAGCGUUAUUAACGCGGUCAUCUUGAUCUCGGCAUGGAGCGCUGGAAACUCGGAUCUCUAUGCUAGCUCCCGUACAUUGUAUGCGCUUGCUCUUGAACACAAGGCCCCAGCCUUCCUACGUCGCUGCACUAAAGGGGGUCUCCCAGUCUGGACCGUCAUUAUUACUGGGCUUUUCGGGCUUCUUGCUUACUUGAACGCUGGUUCUCAGACGGCUGUUACCGUCUUCAACUGGCUAUACAACAUAUCUUCGAUUACCGGGCUCAUUACCUGGUUUAUUAUCCUCGUCUCCUACUUGCGCAUGUACUACGGCCUCAAGAAGCAGGGAAUAUCUCGCGACGACUUCCCGUACAAAGCGCCUUUCCAACCGUAUGCCUCUUGGUUUGGCGCCAUCUUCGUAUUCCUCGUUCUUCUCUUCAACGGGUUUACCGUAUUCCUUCGCGGCAAUUGGGACGUGACCGUCUUCCUCGCUGCUUACAUCUGCAUCCCUAUCUUCGUGGUGUUCUACCUCUACUGGAAGAUAGCCAAGCGCACAAAAUGGGUUCGUCUCGAGGAUAUUGAUUUUGUUACUGGCCGCCGGGAGCUGGAUGAGGUUGCCGAGCAGGAGGAAGCUCGUUACCAGGCACCCAAAGGCUUUUGGCAAAAGCUCUGGGACUGGAUGUUCUGA